UGUUGGCUAUGUUGGGACUGAAGUCCUAGCAGGUAAAACAUUCACAGCCGAACUAAGGAAAUGAAGCCCCACACCCACUGUGGUGGCUCCAGCACCGCACCACUAGACGUAUAUAUAAACUCAACACGCCGUCGUUCCAGCUUUCCAUCGGGAAAGCAUGUUUCCCGGCAAAUUUCAACUAUAAAAUAUCGCCACGUCAGCAUUACCGUCGAUUACCGUUACAAUCCGUCGGAAAAUGUCGAAUAUUCCGGCGAAAUUCGUCAUUGUCCGGUAGUAAAGAGGCGAGAUGCGUUGGUCACGCCAAUUUUGGCAAUCGGAGCUUGUUUUCUUCGUUCUGCUGUGGCGAGAGCGGAUGAGAAGGCGGUGGAUAGUACGGCAACGUCGUCCACGGCGACACCGCCGGUGGCGAAAGUAGAUGAAAAGAAGGAAGAGGUGAUAAGUUCAAGGAUUUAUGAUGCGGCGGUGAUCGGAGAGCCGACGGCGGUGGGUAAGGAUAAACGGAAGGUUUGGGAGAAGUUGAUGAAUGCUCGGAUUGUGUAUUUAGGGGAAGCUGAACAAGUUCCGAUUCGCGACGAUAAGGAGUUGGAGCUCGAGAUUGUGAAGAAUCUGAGUAGAAGAUGUGUUGAGGCGGACCGGCCAUUUUCUUUGGCUUUGGAGGCAUUUCCUAGUAAUCUACAAGAACAGCUCAAUCAGUACAUGGAUAAAAGGAUUGAUGCAGACAUCUUGAAGUCUUUUGUAUCCCAUUGGCUACCUCAGUGCUGGCAGGAGUAUGAGCCUCUUUUGAGUUACUGUCGGGAUAACAGAGUUCAGCUUGUUGCCUGUGGUACACCACUUGAGGUAUUAAGAACUGUUCAAGCUGAAGGUAUUCGUGGGCUUCCUAAAUCUGAUCGGAAAAAAUAUGCUCCACCAGCUGGUUCAGGCUUUAUUUCAGGCUUUACAUCUACCUUGCGCAGACCAUCAACAGAUAGAAAUCCUCCAAAGUCUGCUCCUUUUGGGCCAAGCUCUUAUCUAUCUGCACAAGCAAGAGUGGUUGAGGAUUAUACCAUGUCCCAGAUAAUCUUGCAAGCAGUAACAGAUGGAGGAGCUGCUGGUAUGCUAGUAGUGGUGACAGGUGCAAGCCACAUUGCAUAUGGAUCAAGAGGGACUGGGGUGCCAGCAAGAAUUUCAAAGAAGAUGCAAAAGAAAAAUCAAGUUGUCAUAUUACUUCAUCCCGAAAGACAAUUCAUACGGAGAGAGGGAGAAGUUCCUGUUGCUGAUUUCUUGUGGUAUUCUGCAGUGAGACCAUGCAGUAGAAAUUGCUUUGAUCGUGCUGAAAUUGCCCGAGUGAUGAAUGCAGCUGGCAGGAGGCGAGAUGCCUUACCCCAGGACAUUCAGAAAGGGCUUGAUCUUGGUCUUGUAUCUCCGGAAGUACUGCAGAAUUUCUUUGAUCUUGAACAAUAUCCUCUUAUCAAAGAACUCACUCAUCGUUUCCAGGGCUUCAGAGAAAGAUUACUGGCUGAUCCCAAGUUCCUACAUAGAUUAGCUAUAGAAGAAGCUAUAUCAAUAACUACUACUCUCUUAGCUCAGUAUGAAAGGCGUAAAGAAUUUUUUUUUGAAGAGCUUGAUUAUGUUAUUACAGACACACUAAGAGGAACAGUUGUUGAUUUUUUUACUGUAUGGCUUCCAGCCCCUACACUGUCGUUCCUUUCUUUUACUGAUGAGAUGAAUGCACCUAAUAGCAUGGAUGCAUUAAAGGGGCUUCUUGGGUUCAUCCCUGAUAAUGCAUUUCAAAAAAAUCUUGGUGGAAAGGACUGGAGUUUGAGUCAUAGAGCGGCAUCAGUGUUUGUUGGCGGUCUGAAACUUGCCAGUGUCGGAUUUAUUUCUAGUAUUGGAGCUGUGGCUGCCUCAAAUAUUUUGUAUGGCGUACGCAGAUUACUGAAUCCAGCUAUAGUUACUAAUCAGCAGAAUAGAAGAUCACCCAUAUUGAAAACAGCAGUUGUAUAUGGAGGUUUUCUUGGGACAUCGGCAAAUCUACGUUAUCAGGUUAUUGCUGGAAUAGUAGAGCAUCGGAUUUCAGACCGACUUUCCGACCAAACAUUACUUGUGAAUAUGCUAUCUUUUCUUGUUCGAACACUCAACUCUUACUGGGGAACCCAGCAAUGGGUCAAUCUUGCGCGGUUUACAGGACUGCAGGCUCGGAAAAGUGAGCAACUUUCCUACCAAACUCCAGAUUCUCCAAGUCAUGAGCCACUUUCCUACCAAACUCCAGAUUCUCCAAGUCAUGCUGCUUUGGGAUGCAACACUUCAAAGGAUGCCAGUAUUGAUGAAAUCAACAAUCAAUGA